AUGGAAAAUGGCAAACUUUUUCAUAUAAUAUUGAUCUCAUUUUCACUCAUAAUAAUUGCAACUCCAUGUGCACAUGGUUGGGGCUACGAAGGCCACACAGCCGUGUGCAGAAUCGCACAGGCGAGAUUGAGCAAAGCAGCGGCAGCAGUAGUUAAGAAACUGCUGCCGGCCUAUGCAAACGGCAAUUUAGGAGCGCUGUGCCCGUGGGCCGACACAGUCAAGUUCCGUUACCCGUGGUCGCGGCCGCUGCAUUUCAUCAACACCCCUGAUCACCUCUGCUCCUACUCAUAUGCCAGGGAUUGUAUAGAUAAAAGUGGAGAAAAAGGCUUUUGCUUGGCAGGAGCAAUCAACAACUAUACUAAUGAGCUACUGGACUACAAUAAGAAGAAGCAACAAUAUAAUCUAACAGAAUCGUUGCUGUUCGCCUCACAUUUUAUGGGAGACAUUCAUCAGCCGUUGCAUGUUGGAUUUACCUCAGACAAAGGAGGUAACACCAUCAACGUGAAAUGGUUCAAAAGAACAACAGAAUUACAUCAUGUGUGGGAUACUGAUAUAAUUAAAAAAGCGCAAGGCAAAGGAGCCAAUGCUACAGAUAUGAAUGGUUUCAGCCAGUGGCGAAACCAAGUGAAAGGAUGGGUGUUUUGCACGCUGGGAUGUACAAAUUCGUAUGCAACAGAGAGCAUCACAGCAGCUUGUCAGUGGGCUUAUAAAGGAGUGCAAUCUGGUUCAACACUUGCAGAUACAAAUAUUGUUGCAGAUAAAUACUUCAACACACGAUUGCCUGUUGUGGAACUGCGAUUAGCUCAAGCAGGGGUUCGCCUUGCAUCAGCUCUAAAUCAGAUAUUUACAUGA